AUGUCCGACAAGUACAGCGACCGCCACUUCGACGAUUACAGCGACAAGUAUAGAGACCGCCACGCAGACGAUCUGUAUGAGGACCGGCGCGAGGAACGUUAUGAAGACGUCCGCCUUCCGUACUCGGAGCGCCACGUGCCUGGGGUGAACGAUCUCAUGUCUGGCGGCCUCGGCUACGGAUCCUCAACAUCGCGGGACCGAUCUCAUCUCUACGAGGAUAUGGACAAAGCGUACAGCACUAAAGCGACGAUCAGAAAGUGGUACGAUUCGGAGCUCUACCCACGCGAGAACGCACCCUAUUUGUCUCAUGCCAGUGCCCAAAAGCUUCGAGUAUCGGCUUAUGAGGAUGACGAAGAAGUUGGCAGGGAUGUCUGGAAGCUGCGGGAUGAGGCGCGCCAGAAAGUGUCCCUAGACAACUACAACUCCAGCAAAGCUCUUCGUCGUAACGACAUUGACUCUCGAGAUUUGGUACUACCCGCGCAGCAGUUCCAAAUACUCCAAAGUCUCCUACCCCGGCGACGCUCUUUCUGUGACAGAGAGCAGUGUUGA